CCCGGCCAACCCUCACUAGAUGACCGUCGUACCAUCCGGUGCUUCUCCUCCACUAUACCAAUCGGAUCCUAACGCGAACGACGCCCUGCCAGUAGUCCGGGCAGGCGACGUUCCUCCGAAGCGAUCGGCUCGACCUGGCUAUGUGGAACCAGCAGCGAGACGCUUAGACCGAUUUCUACGUAUCUUUCUUUCUCCGUGUGACCGAGGAUGAGCACCAUCGCGACGGCUACCGGAUCGGCUUCUUGCCGCUUCGCCCACUACUUCGUCGUGUGUGGACUGGACCCGGAGACGGGCCUGGAGCCGGACGAUGGAGCAGGAGAGAGCUUUGAGCAGAGCCCCAUUCACCGGUCCUUCAAAUCUAGGGUUCUGGUCCACUACCCCGAGAGCACAGACAGGAACAUCUUCAAUAAGGAUGCAGUCAACACGCUCUGCAUGCCGAGGGGUCUUUCUUUCCGGACUCAGGCUGACCGCCUGGAGUCUCACUUCCACUCCUUCACCAUCGGAUUUGAAGACGGCUCGCGCUCCUACGGCUUUGUCCACACCUUCUACGAGGAGGUGACAGGUGCGCAGAUCAUCACAGCCAUGCAGACCCUUCACCGGAUGCACCACGUGGAGCAUCACUCCGCUUCCUCUUCUUCCGCCCCCUCGUCCGCUUCCUCUCCCUCCACUUCGAGCAUGGACUCGCUGGGGAGCAGCCUGGAUGAGUCUGACGGCGAGUCUCUAGCGGCCGGCAACGCCGCCGCCACCUGUCUGGGUUGCGCCGGCUCCUUCGACCCGUCUCAUGACACGCUGUACGUGUCCAAAGCCCUCUGCCUCCUCACGCCGCUCCCCUUCCUCGGAGCGUCUCGCCACUUCCUGUCUCAGCUUCACCAGGCCGUCGCCUCUCAAACGGCGCCACCUCUCCCGCUGGAAAGCUACAUUCACAACAUCCUCUACGAGGUGCCCCUACCGCCGCCCGGCCGCUCGCUGAGGUUUCACGGCGUGCAGGGCCCCAUCUUGUGUCAACGGCCCGGCCCCGGUGAGCUUCCUCUCGGGGAGUAUCCUCUGAGGGAAGCCUUCUCCUUGCUUGGCGUGGACAACAUGGUGCAGCUGCUUACAUGCUCCCUCCUGGAGACGCAAAUCCUGCUCUACUCUCAAGACUACCAGCGCUUGAUGACAGUGGCGGAGGGCAUCACGACAUUGUUAUUCCCCUUCCAGUGGCAGCACAUCUACCUUCCCAUCAUUUCUACACCUCUACACCACCUCCUGGACGCUCCUGUACCUUUCCUAAUGGGCAUCCAACGCAGGGAUGGCGCUCAGCGAGCCUCCCUCCAACUGCCUCAUGAGGCCAACCUUUGCUUCGUGGACAUUGACAACCACUGCGUGGACCCUCCAGAGGGUCUCCCUGCCUUUCCGGACCAAGCUGAGCUAGUGCGGGAACUGAGCGACAUUCUGCAGCAUUUUGGGGUCCCUCUGCAGGGAAGUGCUCUCACAAAGCCCACCCCGGCCUCCCCUCAACUGAGCAGCCUAGUCCUGGAGGAUCUGAUGGAGGACAGAAGGAACGGGAACCUCAGGGGAGAAGAGCUGGAAGCGUUAGAGAGGCUGCAGGCUCUGGCUUGGAGGUGCGGAGGAGACAAGUUAUCAGGCCAAGAGAAGACGCUGGGGCGCGUAUUGGAGGAAGAGGAGAAGGCUUUGAGUGAUGCGAAGAUGAACAUUCAACUAAGAGAGGUGUUUGCUGGACGAUUCGCUACAAUGUUUGGCCGCUAUGAGGAGUUCGUCAUCCACAGUGCACACGAUUUAGAUUCCUGGAUGAGUAAUCGAGAGGGAACGUUCAACUUCGACAAGGGUGCCUUCCUCUCAGCUCAGCCUGUGACCCACUUGCAUUUCCUAUCCCGCUUCCUGGAGACGUCUAUGUUUUCAUCUUUUGCCGACGGCAAGGUGAUCUCUCGCUGGGCUGACCGCGAGCCACUGCAACAGCUCUUUGACAGUCGCCUGGAAAGGGAGCGACUCUACGACACGGACCAGGCCGAGUCUCCCGGGAGUCGCUACAGGAAAUGCUCCACGCUCUUUGAAUCAGCUCAGGCCAUCGAGCGCAGGCUGCUGAAGGCCGACCACACCGCCAUACACCCUCACCUCCUGGACAUGAGGAUCGGCCAGGGUCGCCACCAGCCGGGCUACUUUCCCAAGCUGCAGGCAGAUGUCCUCAUACACUCCCAAAGCACCAAGCGGUCCAGUCGUGUCACACCAUCACGCAGAUCCGAUUCCUGGAGGACAUCAGCAGAGCCUGAUCCUGAGCAAAGACAGCAGAAGCACCCAUUGGUAAGAAAACACCUUAACCAUCUUAAAUUUCUGGACCUUUCGCCUCAAGUCAUCGCUCAGACGCACAGAGAGUUUGUUCAAGGGCUGCUGAACGAGUGUCGACUGAAGACCAAACGUAUGUUGAUGGAGAGGAUGGGAAAGGAGAAUGUGGAAGUGGGUCAGGGGGAGGUCAAUAUCACCGGCCUGCAGGAGAACACUCUGAUUCACGGUCUGUGCGACCUACUGGAGAGAACCUGGGGCCACGGUCUGCAGAUGAAACAGGGAAAGUCAGCUCUGUGGUCGCAUCUGCUUCAUUACCAAGCGGCUUUAGAGAAAACAGAGGUGCCUGCUGAAUCUCCAGGCACAGAGCAGAGAACAUAUGACGAUGGCGCUGUCCUUCAAAAAGGAUCCUUGGUACAAGAUAUGAGGUUUAUCCAGACGAUGAGUGAGGGAAUGUCUGAGGUGGCACAAGCCCGGGCCUGGAUCAGCUUGACUCUGGAGAAGAAGAUGCUCUCACAGCACCUUAAAGAGAUGCUUACAAACCAGGAGUUGCUUAGACAGCUAUACAAGCCUCACGCCUUCCUUCUCUGCGAGGAAGAAAGAGAACAGUUUCUAUUCCACCUUCUGUCGCUCAACACGGUGGACUACCUUUGCUUCACGCGCGCCUUUGCCUCCAUCAACAUUCCCUAUCGAGUCUCUAUCAUCCCCAUGAAGAAGCUGAGCAUCGCCAUGGCGACGGUCAACCCGUGGGUGUGUGUGUCUGGAGAAAUGGGAGAUUCUGGAGUGAGACAGAUCCCCAAGAAUACCCAGGAGAUUUUUUUCCAGUGUAAGAACCUGGGCCGACUGAGUACUUUGCAGCUGGGACAGGAGAACUCGGGCCUGCUUGCCAAGUGUCUCAUUGACUGUGUGAUGGUCUACAAUGAGAUCACGGGACACACAUACAAAUUCCCUUGUGGCCGAUGGUUAGGGAAAGGCGUGGGCGACGGCAGCUUGGAACGAGUCCUCAUUGGGCAGUUGGUGUCACCUGGUGGCGAGGAGGAUUUCGGAAGAUGGACCGGGACGCCGCCGGAGUUAGCUUCGCCUUCCCAGGGCGUACGCGCUGUGCUGGGAUCCCUUGGAAACAGGACGAGAGUGGUGUCUGUUGAAGUCCAUGAAGACAUGAGGGAGGCAGCUAAUAAUCUCGUCAAGCACUUUCACAAACCUGAACAAGAGAGAGGCAACUUGACCAUGUUGCUAUGUGGCGAGGGAGGCCUGGUUCCCUCUUUGGAGAAGUUCCUCCUCCAUGGCUUCAAGUCCAGUCGUCUUUUCCAGAGAAAUGUGUUUGUUUGGGACUUUGUGGAAAAGGCUGUGGUUUCCAUGGAGACGGCCGACCAGCCGGGCCACCCUCCGGGCUCAAUGCUGAUAAAGGAGCCGCCUUGCGACUUACUGUGCCACUAUGUCAACUCCAUCAGCGCUUCGCCACGAAACAUUGGCAAAGAGGGCAAAUUCCAGCUUUUGGUUUGCCUGGGAGUCAGGGACCGACUCCUUUCGCAGUGGCUUCCACUGUUGGCCGAGUGUCCCCUAACGUCUCGCACCUACGAGGAUGGCGCCUUGAUGCGCGACCGCUCUGCUGUGCACUCUCUCUCUCGCAUCCUGCACACGCUCAACGAGUUCACCGUCACGCUGGAGACUUCGCUGGUCAAGGGCGUGGCCCUCUGACAUCCCCUAACGGUGGUCACCCCUUCUGAACUUCUCAUUUGCUAUAGAAAUAUCUUUAAAAAAAUCCCCUGUGGACGGGAAAGAUGCCACGUGAGGUCCAAACUUGUUGCCCUGUAAAUGUCUUUACACACUGUACCUGCUUUGGGAUGUAGUCAGAUCCCCCUUGUGUGAUUACACUGUGGAGAAGAAAAAAGAAUAUGUGGACAAAAUUCAUCAAUUCCAACUUCACAUGGACAGACGGUCAGUGUUUAUUUUUUGCACCUCAUCGGGUGCACGCUCAGAAAAAAAGCGCAUAGUUGUUUCUUGUCAAAUGGCUGAUACCCUUGAAAAGACUACUUUUGUUCCUCUGACGCUUUACCUUUACAAUUUCCGCACAAACCUCACCUGAAAAAUUCGAGGCCUGUAAUAGUCAAGUGUCAAGGGGACAAGAAACUAACUGGGUAACACAAGACAGGUGACAAUUGUUACUGUUACGGUGACAAUAUGGUGGAAAACUUCAUUUAUCUCAGUGGUUCAAUUGAGGAAGUGAAACGUGUAGAAAAAUAUUGUGUGGCGUGUUACAUCGGCGAGUCUGCAUUUGAGUGGCAGAGCGUGAAUUGUGCUCAAAAGCAGCUGUUCUGUUCUGUUUUGCAAUUCUCUCUGUGUUCAAUUAACGGCUAAAAAGUGCAUUGAUCACUAGCUCUCCACUACUUGCAAAAGCAUUAUGCUAAGUAUACUACUUAUAAAUCCAUAAACCCAAAUGAUCACUUAAAAAUCAGAAGUUCUUAUCAUGUGUUUGGAAUUUUAACACAGUGAUUCUCAAAGUGUAUUACAAAAUAGAAACAUCGUCUAAGUACAGUUCAGUUGUAUUUUCAAGUUGAAUAGAUUUGUGAUUAAUAUUUAAGAACUGUCUGUUUUAAACAUUUAAAGAUUUAUAAGAAAAAAAUAUUCAUCUUUUAUGUGGAAUACAAUUGAAUUGAAUGAGAACAGUCCUUCAGUUCUCCAAUAUUUAAGUGCAGCGUUCAAACGGCAUAAUGCUACAAUCGCUUCCGAAAAUAUUACAUUUACUGUAUUUUCCGCACUAUUAGGCGCACCGAAUUAUAAGGCGCACCUUCAAUGAACGGCCCAUUUUAAAACUUUGUCCAUAUAUAAGGCGCACCGGAUUAUAAAGCGCAUAAAAUAGAAGCUAUACUGCAACAAACUGAGGUUGACUAGGGUUGCGGUAUGCAUCCACUAGCCAAUAACCAACGAGCCCUCUGUAAACAAUCGCGUUUCUCAAACGAUUUCCUAUAAAAUGAUCGGAACUGACUAAAGUUCGAUCUAACGCAUUGGUACUGCUUACCUAUGUUUCCCUUCCAUAUCAAUCCGUAAAUGUACUCGAAACAUUAACGGAGCAGCCUAUUUUGAAAUGAAAUAGCCUCGCGGGUACAACAGCUAUUCGGUGACGCCCCCUGACUACAGUUGCCGUAAUGUUGGGAAGCGAUGCGACCUUGUAAUUUACUAGUCGUACUAAAACGUACUGAAACAAUUUGGCAGAGCACUGUGUACAACCAGUAUGGAUCAACAAAUUCAUCAAUUGAUCCAUAUAUAAGGCGCUCUGCAUUAUAAGGCGCACUGUGUUUUUUUUUUUAGUAAAAUGUAAGUUUUUAGGUGCGCCUAAUAGUGCGGAAAAUACGGUACUUUUUAGGAGUAAAGCCUGUAUUUUUUGCACUUGUUAGUUGGUGUAAACUGUUUGUCAGUCACAGGUCAAACAUGAAUUUCACUUGAACUACUGAAAUAAGUGAACUUUUGGACUAAAUUUUAUUUCGUAAUAAGAUGCACCUAUACACAGAUAAUAAUCCUAUUUUGCCUUGAGCGUGUACUUACCCCUUUCAGUGUUUACUCCCCUCCUACUCUUGUUGCUUGCACUCUGUUGACUUAUAACGAAACACAUGCAUGGCCAAUCCAUUUGUUUUGUCGCUAUAGUGUAUUGUGAUGCCAACUAUCAGGACUUGGGCCUUAUUUACUUAUUUCGACACUUUGUUCCCCUGUGUUGUGGUAUGUUAUGAUGCUCUUGUUCUUAUUAUAUCGGUGCUGUUAACUUCACUUUUUUGUGUUGAUCAGACUCUGAAUAUUCCAGGUCCACUUCCUUUCUUGUAAAUAUGGUUGCCUCAUCUAAUAAUCUCUCAAUAUUGUGACAUGUUUUCCAGUUAAAAUACAUCAUUCUUGUGUCCAAACUGUAGAUUCUGAUCCUGUGUAUGGUGGUCCUACUGUUUGUAUUAUACAUGAAAGUGAGAGCGCCAGCUGGUAAAAACCACAAAAGUAUUAUACAGUGUUCCUCUUUUAUCAGAAGGAUAUAUUUUGCAACUUUUGAAAACAGUUUUCCAUCCUCCCCGAUAUUUGAAACAUAUUUAAAUGAAUCCAAACGCAAAAAUAUUCUUUAGCGCCUAUUCUCACGCUCUUUCUGUCAAGGAAUCACUUUGGGGAAAAGGACUGGUUUGAUUAUUAAAAUGCAAAGUGUGCAGUUGAAAUCUACAGUAACUAAAAAUGACGACAUAUUGAACAUUAAAAAUGUUCACCCAAACCAUAUCAUUUCAUCUGCAACUAGCCAUGGAUGUUAGUGGUUAUAACUUUUCAAGCAACUCCUUUCAAACACGCAGACAAGCAACACAACACAACAUACAGGCUUAAUUGAGAGCUUAAUUGCCCAAGUCAUUUUUCAGCAUUUUUAGAAAACAAGGAGAGCUCGGUUGUCUUAGUUUACUUUUGCACAAAAAUAAAGAAAAAACAGGAAGCUAAGACUAACUAGCAAUUUUACUUUUAAGUUUAAUUUGCGACAUUCUCUACCUCUUAUUCUUGCUGUUAAUUAUGUUGUAUCUCUUGAGAAGACCUCCAUUCUGACCGGCAUGUUGUGGAACAAUGGGGUACUAGACCGAAGCCUAAUUCAGAUUUGCUUGGGUCCUGUAAAACUGCCUAAAAGCGCUUGCAAAAAUAUCUGUGAUACAGCGGUGGUUCCCUGUAUUGCAUUUCAUUUACCAGUUAGGAAAUGCUGUCUUUGUCCUGCACUGCCCCGCCAGCACUAUGUAACCCAGCCUCUAUUGUCAUUUAAAUACAGAUUAGAGAGAGCAAUAAAUGAAGGUUAUUUAUGAAAAUGUGACGUCACAGAUUAAAGUUACUAAUGAAACAA